AGGGAUUUGAAAGAGGAAAAUGGAUGACAUGGUUAAGCUUGAUGUUGGCGGCUGCCUGUACAUCACAUCACGGUCGACUCUGACUCGCUACACGGACUCCAUGCUGGCGGCCAUGUUCAGCAGUGAACUCGACCCGUCUGUUCGUGACGCCAACGGGGCCUAUGUCAUCGACGGAGACGGGCCCAUCUUCCGGCAUGUCCUCAACUUCCUCCGACGGGGAAAGCUCAACCUUCCAGAGGACUUCAAGGAAUGGGACCUGCUGGCUUCAGAGGCCGACUUCUACCAAAUCGAAGCUUUGGUGGAGGCCGUGAAGGCGGAAAAGUGUCGGAGGGACACACCAGGAGACGCCAAGGAGACUUUGGAAUACAUAGAGAUCCAUGCCAGCGCUGACGUAGGAUACACGUACACAGGAAGCAGGAGUACUCUACGGAGUAUUCCUAAGCUCCUGCGUUUUUUCCGUGAUUACAUUAAGCCUGCUAUCCUUAGAGAAGUUGAUGGGCCUGACAGACAGAUUACAUGUACACUUGCCCUGCGACCUGUUCAAGAUAGCAGGAGCGAUUCACAAGCACGUAGUGUCAGCACGUUCGAAGUACGCGGCACUACCAACCAGACCAAAUUAAAAGAGGACUUUGAUUAUCAAAAGGGGUCAAUUUUGCGGGAGAUAGAGGACCUUGGAUUUGAAAUGAAAACAGAGUUAUACAGUUUUUUCCCUGAUGAUGAUAUAGCUAAGGAUAUCAGAUGGACUUUCGCCCGGCGCGUUGGGCCCGGACUCAAGACCAACCUCCCCUUCCUUAAAACUUUGUUUAGCACUUGCCAGGUAGCCUCCGAAUACUGCUCUGCAGAGCUUCGGAACAGGAGAAUGGAUGACAUUGUCAAGCUUGAUGUUGGCGGGUGCUUGUACACGACAUCACGGUCGACUCUGACUCGCUACCCGGACUCCAUGCUGGCUGCCAUGUUCAGCGGUGAACUCGACCCGUCUGUUCGUGACGCCAACGGGGCUUAUGUCAUGGACAGGGACGGGCCCAUCUUCCGUCACGUACUGAAUUUCCUCAGACAGGGCAAGCUGAUUCUACCGGAGGACUUCAAGGAGUGGGACCUGCUGGCCUCAGAGGCCGAUUUCUUCCAAAUCCCACACCUGGUAGCGGCAGUGUCUUCGCGUAAGGAGGUGGAGGACAACCCAAAAAUGGAAUAUGUGGAAUUCACAGAACAAGAUAACAAGAGUUGCAAAUACCGGGGCAGUUGGGAAACUUUAGAGCAACUACCACGUGAGUUUCUUGCUGUAUUUGAAGCGGACUAUAGCUUUUGCAGAAUCAGAGACAUGGAUGACGUUAUCCAGCUCAAUGUUGGCGGCUGCCUGUACACCACGACGCGAUCGACUAUGAAUCGCUACCCGGAGUCCAUGCUGUGUCUCAUGUCCAAAGGAGAGCUCGCAACGCCUGUUCCUGUUGUCAACGGGGCCUAUGUCUUGGACAGGGACGGGCCUAUCUUCCGUCACGUAUUGAAUUUCUACAGACAUGGCAAGCUGAUCCUACCGAAGGACUUCAAGGAGUGGGAGCUGCUGGCCUCAGAGACAUCAGCGAUAAUUGGGCAAUUUCAGUGUCUUUGCUGUAGUACUAUGGACGAAGUGAUCAAUCUGAACGUGGGAGGGAGCCUGUACACCACAUCGCUAUCGACGCUGACCCGCUACCCGGACUCCAUGCUCGGCGCCAUGUUCAGCGGCCGCAUCCAGUCCGCCCGCGACGCGCACGGCAACUACGUGAUCGACGGCGACGGCCCGCUCUUCCGACACGUCUUCAACUUCCUCCGCCGCUCCACCCUGACCUUACCGGACGACUUCCGGGAGAUCGACCUGCUGGCCGCCGAGGCGGACUUCUACCAGAUCCAGGAGCUGAUCCAGGCCGUGAGGUGCCUACGUGAGGACCGGGAGGCACAUGGGGAGGAGGCCAGGCAGCAGGAGGAGCGCAUCCCGGAGAUGGAGUACGUGGAGGUCGAGUUCGAGUGCGCCUCGGGGCAGUGGAUCGUCUUCGGCAGCGCAGAGGUGCUGAAACGCAUCCCCGUGAUUCAGGAGUCCUUCAAGGACGGACACACCUUUAAGAACCGCCUGACCCGGUCGGAGGAGUACGGCCUGAACCUGCCGCGGGGCCAGCCCGUCAACAGGGUCCGCCUGUUCCGCGAGACCUCCAGGAUCGGCUUCGGGUUAAUGUGCACGUCUUCGAGCGGCGGGGAUGAGCGGUCAACCGACAGAUGGGUCUUCGCUAGCUCGAGAGGUCAAAGGAUAACCGCAAUAAAAAUAGAGUUACAAGCUUCCGUAGAAUUUGAAUCACAAAGUACCAUAAUCCUGGAAUGGAGUCUAGUCUUCAAAAUUCUCUUCAUCAUUCCAAAUAGAGGACAUGUAUUUAUUUUUGAAAUAUCUCAAUGAUUAUCUACGGGUAAAAAUUCC